AUGUCCAUAUUUUUCACGUCAAUGUGGCCCUAUUUACUCCAACUUGAUCCGAACGCUAAAUUAUCAUUCUUUGGAAUUGUCUUGGCGAGUUUCAGUGUUGGGCAGGCUAUAGGGUCACCGAUUAUUGGAUAUUGGUCGGAGAAAUCUAGAAAGUUCAAGCUACCUAUCGCAACAGGGUUAGGGUUAUGUAUAGCUGGGAAUCUGAUUUAUGGCUUGCUUCCGAUUCUGCAAAACGUGAAAAUUCUCAUAAUCUUGAGUAGGAUACUUAUCGGGUUUGGCUGUGGGAAUCUAUCUGCUCUGCGAGCCUAUGUUUCUGCCUGCUCAACAGAGCAAGAUCGGAAUAAAGCGAUAUCCUACUCAUUUGGCAGUUUUUCAAGUGGCAUGCUCAGCGGACCCAUCCUUCAAUCGAUUUUUGCAAUGACAUUUGGUGAACAUACCUAUCUGAAACUCCUAGAUGCCUACACAACUCCUGCAUUUUUUCUAUCCUCCGCUUUUUCGAUCACAGUUAUUUUGGUUUUCUAUUUUUUCGAUGAUGACAGUUUUGCAGGCGUUAUCUCGGAAACUGGUGUGUUUUUUUCUGAACUCCCAUCUGUCAAAACUUCACGAUAAGAGUUUGCAGAUGAAUCAAAAGUCGAACUUCCCCAAUUCGACAAACUCCCCGCAUUUCUAUGUAUCUUUUUGUGGUUUAUCAUUCAACUGGUUUUCGUUGAGCAGGAAUCAUUGAGCACGGUGUUAACUAUAGCGAUGUACGACUGGACAUCGAAUCAGGCAAUUAUUUAUAACGGGUAUAUUGAGACCCUGUCGUGUUUUAUAACUGUGUCGACUUAUGUGGUGCUAGGAUCAACGAGAAUUGGUGAAAUGUAUGUAGGUUCUAGAAAAAUCUCGAAUUUCAGCAGAACAAUUUCAGAAAUAAGCGGUUCAAUAUUCUGGUCGGAUUGGGGUUAUUUGCCUCAUAUUUUAUUGUGUUGUUACCAUGGCCAGUGUAUAGUGGGAAAUUGGACUAUAACCCGAAUGGUGAGUGAAGGAAGGUUAGGCUAGGUCAGGCCGAUUUUUUUCUGCUAAAAAAUGGGCAUGGCGGAGUGUCGUUUGUUUUUUUUUCUGUGCGCGUUUGCGUCGUGGUGUUUGCACACAUUUGGGAGGCGUUUAUUUAUUUUUUUUUGAAACGUCUUUUCGACCUGAAUCACCUCAUUUUGGAGUGAUUCAGGUCGAAAAAAACUUUAAAAAAAGAGAAAUCUCGAAAAAAACCUAUUUUUUCACUUGAAAAUGUUUUCAAAAAAUAGGAAAAAAUAUAGUUUUUUGACAUUUUCUGAGUCGAAAAUUGUUGUUAAAGUAGUUUUUUUCCGACCUGAAUCACCCCAGCCCACAAAAAAUCCUUAAUCUCAUUUUCUUCCAGUAACCGACGGAGCGUGUACCUAUUCCUGGUGCCCCGAUCUACCACAAGUCCCACUCCCACUCUACCUGUUUGUAUACAUCAUUUGUAAUGGCAUCGCUUUUCCCUUCCUCACCAAUGCCAUCGGAACACUAUUUUCACAAAUUUUGGGGCCGAAACAUCAGGUGAUCAUCUCAUUUUCAGAGAAUUUAUUUUUUAUUUUUUUUUGGGAGGUUCCAGGGUACGAUGCAGGGUGUUUAUGCAUUUUUUGGAAGCCUUGCUAGAAUUCUGGCUCCUCUAAUGUGCACAACACUUUUUGAUGUCUCUGGAUACACGUGGAUCAGUGUCAUUAUUUUAUCUGUAAUAUCUUCUGCCGUAUUUUCAACAAUUAUUCUCUGGAGGAGAAUUAUCCCAAUGCAAAUUGA